CGACUUUGGUCUGUUGAGUGUAAAAACACGGUUCGUAUUUUACGAGAGUUAGCGGAUGAUAUAUUGAAUCAUCACUUCAAUGUCAACGUCGCCAGGAUUGCUGGUAGAUCGCUGGUAGAUCAUAAAGGCUUCAAGAAAAGCUGAAACUUGCCCUGAGCCUCAAAGUAGAAGCAUAGUUGACCACGACGAUGAUCUUUCGAAGUUAUGGUUGACGGAAGGAAUUCCUUGCCCCGAAGUUAUGGUUAACGGAAGGAAUUCCGACCCUGUGAUUCCAACGUCUCUUCAAUAGAAGAGGUGUCGCUCCUUCAACUGUCCUUACUAAUGAACCCGCUGAACUGAGUCACAAGCAUUCUCGGUUCGCACAGGCGAUACUCCUGUAGGAGGGAUGUAGAUGAGGAGCUGAUUACCAAGUCACCCUUACAGAUGGCUUUUGCUUUCUUUGCUGAGGCAUGGAAACAGCGCAUUGGCGACAGCUGUAGAGAAAACCUCAGACCCAAGGCUAAAGGUGAUUCUGUUGAUCAUGCAACAUUUGAAUAUGACAAGGCAACAAGAUACUUAAAAAAAACUGUUAAGCACGAAAAGAGGACAAGAGAUGCCAGAAAGCAUACGUCAUAGAGAGGCUGCGGUGUGAACAUCAAAGAGAGGCCAUUGAGGUCUUUCAGAGAAAAAUGGAGUCUGAUGCAGUUUCACAGGGAGUUAAAUUUCAGGAAGACGACGACAUGACCCCAAAUGAAGGGGAAAGCCAAAUAGACCUUGUGAGUUGCACCACGCAGUUGACAUGCAGUGUUCGUCAAUGGUCUGUAAAACGCCUAGAAACGAUUGAAACAUUGUGAAGCCUGGCAGGCGAACUUAUGGAGCAUUACAAGAAUGUUCACAUCGCCAAGAUCUCGGGCUCAUCAGCAUCAAUCGGAGGCUUUGUUUUAGCCGCCACUGGGUUCGGUCUCGCUGCUGUCAGUCUUGGAACUUCACUGAUUCUAUCUGCGGUUGGAGGAGCAAUCUGCGCCGGCGGAGGUGCUACUGUGGCUGGUUCAAGCAUUGUACAAUCGAAAAUUUUCAAAACAAAGCUCGCGACGGCGCAAGAAAUCAUCGACGCCGAUCGUAAAGCACAGGAACCUGUGCAGAAGUUGUUAGAUGACCUUUGUCGUGAAGUAUCCAAAGAAUCGUUUAGCAGCGUGAAAAAUAGUCUCGCUUGCAAUGUUAGCGUCGCCUUGUUGGUGAAAAACCUCGUCGAUGUGAGUAACGGAAUAAACAUGACCGGCGCUAGUGUGGCAACGACAGUGGCGAGCGAGGGCAUGGAUGGAAUACUCCGAUCCAUAGGUAUAGCUGGAAACACCGCUCGGAUUGGAAUAUUCGCGGUGAGCAUUGCGCUUCUCCCUUUGGACAUUUACACUAUGGUAACUUCCUUAACGGAGAUUGACUCCGUUCGAAAAGGAAAGAAAGAGAAGGAGCCAGAGGCGGUUAAAAAGUUAAGAGAGCUGGCAGAUGAUUUGGAGAAGGAAAUG